AUGUUGUUCCAGCAGGAAGUUGCAAAGUCCGAAAUACCGAGCACCGUUUUCAACGUGUUUACAAGAUGGCGACCACUACCAGCUGACGACGAACGAGAGACAACACCAGAAAUCAAACGAGAAUACAAGCACGACAACCCCAAUAUAUCAAAAAUAUCAAUCGAAGCUGCAUUUACCCAAACAUUCGAAGCCAGCGACAACAACAAGGCGAUCUUCGACUCCGUAGUCGCACCCACACUGCCACAAGUCCUCGCCGGACAAACCUGCAAUUUCUUCGCUUACGGUCACUCAGGGAGUGGAAAGUCACACACGAUUAUCGAUCACGACUUUGACAACUCGAGCGAGUUUGGGUUGUGUCUGUCAGCGGCUCGUGAACUCAGCGCGACAUUAGAACAGCUUAACGCAGACAACUGCGAUGCUUCCCCCCGACUCGGUAUCGGACUACGCAUGUAUAAAUUACGCAAGAAUACGGCAUUUGACUCAUUCAAUAACCACUGCAAAUGCCAUUUACGAGAGGGUUAUGAUGAACAGACGCAUAUCCGCGGCGAGACUGAAGUACUGGAGGGUGGUGAAGUGAGGGUGCGUCCGAUUGCUACCAAAGCUUCGACUGGCACAUCUACUGUGCAUAACCAGAGCUCCCGCACGCAUGCGGUACUGGAGCUUGAGAUUGUCACAAGAGCAUUGCUCGAUGCUUGCGAGGCAGUCAUCGAGCGACAGUCUGAGUUAGUGCCUGUCGCAAAGCGCGCAAAUGGUAUAUACAUAGAAGAGAACGUGAAAGGCUUCAUGCAAACACCGGAGGGCAAGUUCGUUCCGAAUCCAGACUACCAGAUAGAUCAGACAAACAUUGACGCCGCGGAAGCGAAAAAAAAAAAAAAAAUCGAGUUCGAACUAUCCGUACAAAAAGCAGAGAAUCACGUCAACAAGGUUCUCAAAUCCUAUCUCCAACCAUGCCUCAAAGCUCGACAAAUCAACACUGACCUUCUCACACUUAAAGAAGUCAUCCGAGCGAGGGCAUCAAAUCAAAGCCGCAUUCCUUAUCGGUCAUCGCCUCUAACCAUGGCCCUUCGUGGUCACUUUCUGAGCAGUGAUAGUACCAAUGGCAUUUAUUCAGCAAUGAUGCUCACAGUGUCACUUGCGUCGGCGCAUUUUGCUGCUACUAUGAAUACAUUGAAGUAUGGGAAUCUGGUUGGCGUGGCCGGUGGGAAUGAGAAGGAGACUGUACGGUAG